GGAGCAAGCAAUAUAUAUGUUAUUCCUUAUAUGUCACUUAAACAACCGACAAACAUAUUUGAGUAACUAAAGUAUAACGUAUGCUGUUAAAGAGAAAAGACAUCCUGGACUAUACCGAUAGAAUCAAUAUUUAGACCUGCGAACCCUAGUAUGCCUCUUGUCAAUUCGUGUGUAUCUGUGAUGGCCUGCAGCUGGAUCGUCAGCUCGUAGAAGGAAUGGGCGCCGCUGAAGGUGAAGUCGAACCAGUGAGGCAUCAGCCACACAAUCCAGUCACAGAAGCCAAUACGUAGGAUGGCCACGAGCAGUAGAGACAAGAGCAAAUACUGUAAAAUCGGCUGUAGUAUGAAUGUGUUUAGAAACUCCACUGGAUAAGGGAAGCGGAAUUGGCAUAUGCAAUGAGACAGAAAUAUAUCCGGCCAGUUGUCAUUGCUCAUCAUUACUGUCCCUUACCUGAUGCUACCAUGACGAAGUCUUGAUAGAUUAGGUGCGACGGGCGUGAGUCGAACUUCUCAAGCCGCUCCGAGAAAGCGAAGAGCAGUAAAAAGGCAUCACAUGCGAACCAGUAGAGCAGCGCAAUGAUGAUGCCAAUAUACUCCUUCCAACGCCAUACUCGCAGCACGGCCAUCUUUCUAGUCAAUGGGAAAUGCCCUGACAGACAGCGAUACCAGUGAGUAUCAUCAUCCUCAUGUCAUUCUUGUCUGUGGCAUAUAUAGCGCUUUACCUGAGUGUCUUCCAGUGAUCUCGGCGAUUCGACGUUUGCCUUGGUUGAAGCCAAUGUUGUUUGUACGCUUCGACAGCUGAGAGCUACGGCCUACGGGCACCUCGUAGUCAACUAAACAGACAGAGCCACAAAAAUGGGUAGAUGUCACCUUCCGACACACCCAUCUUUCUCUUGUGCUCACUUCUUCGUGUAGGCAACGGUCUAAUAUGAGGAACUGAUUUGCGGAAGAGUAUGAGCAGAAGAAUUAGAAUGGGCUUGGCCAGGAUGAUCGACCAGAUCAACACGGCGAUCUGGCGUAGUGUCAGAUUCCACGCGAUGUCUUCUGUCUGGAAUGACAGCAGCACGCUGUCAGUGCCCGAUCCAGACAUGCGCUGCCGAUCGAAAAACAUGGCACAAAUGGUCAAAAUUCCCAGGCUGAUCGAGCCGAAGAACAGAGUUCGCUGCACAGCUGUGUACCUGCAUGACAGACGCAAUACACAACAGAUGAGCUAGGAGAUGCAUCCAUCCAUGUCUCGUCCCUUGCAUGUCGGUGUUACUUACCUUGGGUUUAGAACGAAUAGCUUGAGGAGGGGGUGAUCACGUCGAACGACCUUGCGAAACAUUUUUGUGGGUCCCCAUUCUAUGUACUCCACACGAUGGAGAAUGCGCGUCACUAUCAAGUCGACCUCCUUGUUCAAAUCGCCCCACAGCUCUGUCACACUCUUGCGACGGGGUGCUGCUGUCUCUCCUAUGAUCGUUGUCGCCCCCUUGCCGUAAGAGGGCUCCCUUACUAUGUCAUCGACCGUAAGCUUCACCUCUUUCGGUCCGUGGUCCAUAAAGUCUUCGACAGCAACGGUCUGUCCCUUCUUCAGCUUUGGCGACAGGUCCUCAUCGUUCUCAUCAUCUUGGUCAAUUGUGUUGGUUGGCGAGUAUUGGGGAUCGACGAAGGUGGCGAUUCGACUGGUGAGGCUCACGGGUGAUUCGGGUGAGUCGGUAUCCUCCUGCUGGAGUUCUGGGAUCGACUCGAAUGCCGGGAUCAUAUGCUUGCACUUGCGGUAGUCUUGGACCUCCUCUUGGGGCAUCUCUUCGAUCGUCUCUUGCUUCCGAGGGCGACCAAAGACUGUCGCCAUAGGUGUGUCCUCGACCUCUGGCGCCUCGUCUUCCUCCUUUGAUUGACAUCGUCCUUUGCACUCCAAGAUGGCUCUCCAGUGUCUUUGGAUGAUAGUCGCUGCUGCCUGUUGUCGCUGCAGCUCUAAGAGGAGGCGCUUUCGAAGGGCAUCCUUUAAAACACCACUCCUGUUGACACAUGUGUUAAUCAAUGGUAUGAGGCAAUAAUACAUACAGUGAUUGACAGACGAGCCAGCCGAUCGCAUCAGUCACUCACUUGAUCAAAGUGACUCCCAUCUGGCUUUUCUUCUCUUCCCGAAAGACAUGUUGGAAGAUCUGCAUGCUCCUGGCGUCCAUUCGAGCGGCGACUGAUGGGGUAAACAGCUGUCUUGUGUCACUUCGUGGUACUGAUGCAACCUCUUCGUCUUCCGAUUUGCACUCUUCACCAAGCGAAUCCAUUCGUUUGCUCACUCGCCUGCGCGCUGGUGACGAUCCACCGCUCGGCUCAGAACCCUCUUCUCCCAGCGAUGUGCCGGACAUGACGGACCAGUUGGGAUCGUUCACCGGAAGGGGGCCCGACCCUUCACUCAAGCCUGUCUGCCUCUUCGUCUUUGUGGCUUCAAAGCGGUCGCCCGUGCCGACCUUCUUUUGGUGCGUCGUGAAAGCGUGUCGGAUGACCUCAGUCAAUGAUGGUAUAGGCGCGCAGACCUUGCUUCGAAGGCUCUUGCGGUCCAUUUGAGUUGUGUCUGCUUGAUAGUCUGAAGGAGCAUCAAGACCAGACCUGAAAGAGCGAAGAGCAUUCCAAGAGAGUCAUUUAUUUGCACAUUCCAUACGGUGCCUGCUUGUCCCUCUUUGUUUGUUUCUUCUCACCAUGCUUUCUUCUCCGUGGUCUGCGGCACAUUGCAGAUCACAGGAGCCUUUGCCCCGUGGAUGGCCGGGAAGCUAUCACGGCGAGCAUGCUCCUGCUGCAACAGCUCCUGGCGGACCGAUCUGAGUGUCCUGAGUUCUUGCAAGUGCAGGGUGGGUUCUCUCCUGCACACAGGUAGGCGACACCCUCACUCACUGUAAUUAAUAUUUGAGUGAGUGCAUAACCAUCUAUUUACUAACUAUACCGACUUGCGGCACUGCAGAUAACAGCCACCGAAGAUGCGACACAGAACGAAGUCGCACCACCAGGGGUGAUAGGUACGACCGGCGCACUGACUCAUGCUCUUCUGCAAACGGGUACGCUGGAAUCGAUCAAGGGGACAGACAGGAGGACAAGAUAGAGGGGAUGGAAGGGGUGCAUUCUUUUUGAUGCAUGGAUGGAUGGAUGGAUGGAUGUGUGUGAAUGGUAGGCAGCGGGGGUGUCUUACUGCUGUGUGUCGUCUAUCGAGUAGUGGGUCGGUCAUCCAGAUGUCCAAGAGGAUUUGAUCCGUAAUGCUGCGCACACAAACAGGCAAGUGAAGUGAUUGAGGCAUGGCAAACAUCAGUGCCGGUUGACGGUUUCCAUUAGCGUGUUUCAUAUGCGUGCGUACGGGUUUCGGCAGUCGAAGUAGAUGGAGAGAGCGAGGCAGACGAGGUGGAUGGCGAUCAUGAUGGCCACGAAGAGCCCCGCGAUAUUCUGCGUCCAUGCGGUGAUGUCGGCCAUCUUCUUAACCGAAUCGCCAGCAUCCUGGAGUACGUCCUCGAUGUUGCUCUCGAGAAUUACACUCCUACCACAUACACGGAUGAUGGACAUGCAGAUGCAUUGUCUCUCUCUCUCGCUCUGUCUGUGUGUGUAUGUGUGUGUGUGUUGCCUGAAUAGGGUUCCGAAAGAGGUCAGGUGCACACACUCGCAGCACAACGUGGUGGCAUUAGACAGCUCCUCAUUUACACGACAACCUGUGAACGAUAGUCACGGUAACCUCAAUCGCUCGUGUCUCUCUCUCUUUUUUCCUCUCACCUUGCGUGUCCCAUUGGUUUCUCGUGUCGUUCCAAAACCCACACGUCAGCUCGACAGCGACAGUCCGGUUGCCCUCGGCCGACUGCAACGCCCUCAGCUGACCGGCAGGCAGGCGAGGCAGAUACAUGCGGAAGGGCUCGCCACUCGGUGACGCCCUCAGCUGCAAAUUGCUGCCACACUGGCGGCCCUGAAAGCACAGCAUGCAGACAAAAGACAUGCAGACGAGAAAGAGGCGCAUGGUUGUGUCUCGCUUACCGCGACGGUAAAUGUGCCCUCCUGAGCACUGCGUGUGAGUGUAUUGUUGACCGUCACGUUGGUCGGGCCUUGGCCUUCGUCAGCGUAGGAAAAAGGGUCCUCUGACCACCACACUAGCUGCACGCUCUCGGCGCUCUGGCCGCCGCAGUUGCUCGACGAGUCGAACGACGGGGGAAAGCUGGCUCCCACACUCUGCUGUGCAGUCUCCAUUUUAAGCAUGGCUUCGUCCUGAGUUUGAUUCCUCGUCGCCACCUUCAUGCUGGUCCCCCCUCCAGCACUCGACAGCUCAAGGCUCCCCUGCACGAUGCGAGACACCAGACUGUCUCCCAACUGGGCUGUCGUGAUCCAAAUAUCCACUGCAAGAUCGUCAUACGCCGUUUUGCCGUCAGUCAGCUGUCGACUCGACGCUUUGGUUGACUUGGCUGUGCGGUUGAGCUGUCUGAACAACGCUGCUGCUGCAUCAAGAUAGUUCUCGACACCACUGAGGGCUUUCACCGUCCCCGUAGGUGUGACGUUGUCUGUCUGUGCGAUGGCGCUCUUCGUGACUGUCAUGAGUGAGCUGAAGGUCGAAACGGCUGAAACUGUAUCGUCCAGCUGGUCACUCUCUGCUUCAUCAGCUGCCUCAAGUGUUGUUGAUAGCGUCACUGCCGACAAGAGCGCCUCAGAGGGACUGUUCGACACACCGGCGAAAUUGGUUAGCCGCUCAGUGGCUACCUGAUAAAGCACAUAGAAGGCUGUUCUCUCUCUGCCAGUGAUGAGCAGGCAGCUUUGUGGGCUGUCUUGCCGUUUUGAGGUCCUUCAAUAGUGCCCUCAUAAUGACCCUCUUCUGCGCCUUUAGGUCGCCCUCGGUGACGUUCGGUAGUUUCCCGUCUAUCUGCUUGCUCUUGAGUGCGCUGGCCACCUUAAUGGCCCGCACCAGCCGCUCGCCAAACGCUUCCACAGAGUCGAUAGGCGGGAGAACCGGGCCACCUGGCUGGUCUCCUUUCAGCAGCUCGUCGAUGGCGUUACAUACCUCUGUCUCAUUCAGGGCGUCCAGAUCCUAAUAGAGCACAAAAUAAGGCAAAGGAAGGAUUCAAGUAAGUCGAGUGGACAGUCACUGAUGGACGUUCGCUCGCCUUGAGCUUGUCCAGGUCAUCUGUGAUGUCAUCCAUGAAAAAGGGAGGGGCGCCUGUUGGUUCCUCUGGCGACACUGUUGGGGCUGCAGGGUCGGCCGGGGAUACAGUGCAGUGGUGGGAGGAGAAGUGGCAAAAGAGGUCGUCGGGGAGAUAUGUGUGUAAAGCGAGAAGGAAGAUAUGUGUGUAAAGCAAGAAGGAAGGAAGGAAGGAAGGAAGAACAACAAGGACGUACAUGUGGCAGAAUCUCGAUGCUGUCCGUGAUCCUUUCAGUUAGUACGCACCUCCAGUCGUCGCUACGCAGGGUGAGCCUGGUAUGGGGCAAGUCCAGCCUGUCUCUGUUUGGCAGGCAUCAUUGCACCCGUCUCCUGCAGAACGAACGAAAGCGGAUACUUUGUUUGUCAGGAACGAUGCAAGCACACACAUGAGCACCGUUGAUGAGAUUGCCGUCAUCGCACUGCUCAGAGCCCUUCAGAAGACCGUCAGCACACACCGCUGAGACACAAGUAGGCAGGCAUGAUGCAGCCGACUGACCACUCUUUUCUUCUCUUCCGUGUCGCUGCAUAUUGAUUGGUGUGCGUGCUUACGAUCGCAGAGCAAUCCUGGUGUCGGACAAGACCAGCCUGACUCUAUAAUACAGCCAUCAGUGCAGCCAUCACCUGCAUGCAUGUAUAAUGAAAUGCAACACAUCGAUUGCGGCAUACAUCGCUCGCAGCAAUGUCAUGUCUUGUCUCGUGUUGUUUCUACAUACCGGUGUUUAGGUUGCCAUCGUCGCACUGUUCGCUGCCCUUCCAAAGACCAUCACCACACACCGCUGAGCACGUCAAGGAACCAAAUGUUUAUGCGGUAGCAGCUGAGUCAGGUCAGCGAAAGCAAGCUUACAUGCGCAGGGGGAUCCUUGUGUCGAACACGUCCAUCCUGUCUCUAUGCUACAAGAAUCACUGCACCCGUCACCUGCAUCCAUGCAUGCACACCAUAGUCAGCUGCACGAGAGAUGCACGUACCGCUGAAGAGAUUGCCGUCAUCACAUUGCUCGCUGCCCUUUACAAGACCGUCUCCACAAAUCGCUGCAUGCAUGAUGGACAAACGACUAAUUUGCACAUUUCCGUGUCUCUACUCAUACAUCCUUACGUGUGCAUGGCGAUCCUGGCGUCAUGCAUUGCCAUCCUGUCUCCUCAUAGCAUGUCUCACUGCAGCCAUCGCCCCCAUCAGUGUUGCCAUCGUCACACGUCUCCCCUCCAGCCACAAGACCAUCACCACACAUUUGAAUCGGUGUCACCACUGUAUGCAGACAAACACGCAAGCGCAGUCAGGAUGCAAGCCGCAGAUGCCUGCAUGUGCGCGUGCCUCCAAGCGUAUACAUACAUACAUACAUACAUAAUACCGAUGCAAUCCGUGAGGCAUUCGCAGUCGCGGACAGCCGAGUCGUAAGCCGGAUCAGCCGUUGGCACCCAUUCAGAUACUUGGGCUAUGUCGCUUCCCCACUUCAAAGUGCAGAGACCGGCACCUUCGUGGAAGGAGAAUGCCGCACAUGUGGGUACAUUGCGGCACUCAGUCGAACAGGAAUCGAACGUGUGGUUGUCGACUUCAAACCAGCCCUUCAGGUUGCCUCCGACGAGUGCCGUGCCAUUCAUUCGCUCCAUCAGGUCACAGGCUGCACGCAUGCAUUACGACAAACAAACAAACAAACAGGCGAGCCAUAUAUGUGUCUGGGCGUGUGUAAUACGAGGCGUGGCGUGUGUAUGUUCGUCACAUGUACUCACCAGGCUUGAGCACGAAAGUGAUAUUACCAGAAGAAUUGACACCGUUGUCCGAAAAGUCGCCGAUAUCAUUCGAAGGGCUCAAACUAACUACAACCUCGCCUAUCGUAAACCCCGCGGGAGCCUCCUCUAGCCGCACUUCCACCACGAAAUUAUCGUUCCACGCCGGCCAUGUUACCGGCCUGUCACUUUCAAUCGGUAGGUUCAGAAUGACACUUGCAACCGAGCAGUUAGCGCAGGCGAUUUCCAAGUCGCUGGACACGAGCCUCUUCACGGGUUCGGACAAAUGAAUGUGUGCGGACAUGCGGAUUUGGACAAGGCUGUCGUAGUAUAGGUUGAUGGUUCCGCCUGCGACGGGAUCUCCUGUGUCGUUGACCUUGUGAACGAAGGAGAGAGCGAGAGGAGUCGAGUCUGAGGUGAAGCACAUGAAUCACAUGACAGCCAAUCAAUCAAUCCACUCCUCUCCUUGAUGUGUGCAUGGCAUUGACAUAUUUACUUACUUACCGGUCUUAAUAGCACAUGUCCGCGUGCUUCUGACCUUGUUCGCACUGGACGGCCCUGAAAGGUCCGCAUCGUCGUAUAGGCGGCAUGAAGAUGGCCGAGUGCCGACGGCGUCAAAGACGAAUACCUCGCAAUUGGGCUCCUCUCGGCAGAGCCGGCCGCACUUCCACCAGUCGUGAGCCAUUAGAUUGGAGAUCUCCCCCACGUCCUUCCCCUGAGACCACGCCAUGUCACAACCUGCAAAUACAUACGUAUACAAAUACAUAUAUGUAGGUAUACGCACAUCUGUACGUACAUACAACAGUUUUUGCCAUGCAUGCACACUGACUGACUGACUAGUGUAGACACUGAGCUCGUUGGAAGGCGUGUUCUGCUGCUCGUCUGAUGUUCGUCUAAAGGCCAUGUCAUUGACUUGUACCGUGACCCUUCCAGGCUGCACCGCCCAUAUUCUCUCCACAAUCACAUUGUCAUCUGUCUGGUUGAUCCAUUUGAUGGCGCCGCCGACACCCCCAACCGUCUGCCAAUCUGACAGGUCGUUGAAUGAGGUGUCAAAUGUCAGGUUGCUGAUGGCAUCGGAGAAUGUGAGGGUCACGUUGAAGGAAGUCGAUCCGGGGCCGGGAAAGGCCGUCUGCGUGGUGAUCAUCACUGUGGGAGGGUCAACUGAUUUGAGAAUGCAUGAGAGAGACAUGCACUAGCAAAGACAAGCCUCGGCUUUCUCUCCCUUGUAGCGCUCACCGCAGCCUUCGUAGGCUUUCUUUUCGCACUGAAGGCAGGCAAGCAUGAGACAGAUAAGCAAGAAGAACAUGAGUGGAAGGGCCAUUGAUUGAUUGCAUCGCCUUUCUUACCAGAGCUCUGCUGUCAUCCUGAGUGUCCUGGUAUGUCUGAAUGACCAGAUCCCUAUUAAUAGUUUCACAUGGGUCAUGCAGAAGACAAGCCGCAUGUGAGCAUCUGCUUCCGAUUUCUCUAUGCCUUACUUACCAUGGUUCUUCGUAUUCAUUGCCUUUGGCGAGAAUCAGCCCUCUGUCAUAUAGGCUGUACUGCCAUGGCUCGCCAAAGUCCCACGCCAUAUCCCACAGGCCUCUCGUAGUCCCCUCCCACUCCCAGCCGCCGCCAGGCGACCAGUUGUCGCGGAAGGCAGAUGUCCCUCCCAGGUCAGGCAUCCGAUCUGGCUCUUCGUUUGGGUGGCUGCCGGUCUAGAGGAAGAGAAAAGCACAGAAAUGACCAAAGACACAUGCACAAGGCUGUUUUUUUUUUGGUAUGUGUACGCGCUUCAAUCUGGCCCAAUAUCGUUUGUUGUGGUCAUUCUCACUUCGCAGCCAGCCUGCAAUCCACUUUGCCUCGUACGCAUCGUCUACCACCACCUGCACAUACAGCACACACAAGGCAGGAUGAGUGAACGAAUGUAUCCUCCUUGCCUUUCCAUCUGUCUGAACUCACCAAGUCGCCCGGCCGAGUGUUUGUUAACUCGCAAGCAAGCUUCAAUUCAUUCCAUUUCUUCUCGAUUGAAUUGUCCGUAUAGUAGUAGCUACAUGACCGAGGACGCUGGGCCCAGGAGAGUGGCCAAGACGGUUGACCGUACUCGUCAUCGCCUCCGCAGCAAAGGGGGACGAACAGGCCGAUGAGAAGGAGCGCUAUCAGCCACUGAAGCAUGCGAGGUGACAGUCGGGAGAGAGGCGUUAACGCAUAGCUCGACGGCAAGAGGAGUCCA